UCUGCAAUAGGGCCAUCUGUGUUUGAUCAAUCCAAGCGGAAAGGAGGGGGUGGGGCCCGUAAAGAGACUGUGAAAGCAUUCCAGAGUAGUGAGAGAGCCCCGAGAUCCUGCAAGAGAGAAGGCACCGCCCCCAGCCCGGCCUCCGAAGCUAACCCGCCGGCUUGAGUGGAAGAGGCCGUGUGCACACGACUACACACUUGGUCUACCCUGGCCCUACUCUCCCGCAGCCAUGGGGCCCCGCACCCCGCUCCUUAUCUUGUUCCUUUUGUCUUGGUCGGGACCCCUUCGAGGACAGCAGCACCACCUUGUGGAGUACAUGGAACGCCGACUCGCUGCCUUAGAGGAACGGCUGGCCCAGUGCCAGGACCAGAGUAGUCGGCAUGCUGCUGAGCUGCGGGAUUUCAAGAACAAGAUGCUGCCGCUGUUGGAGGUGGCCGAGAAGGAGCGGGAGGCACUCAGAACUGAGGCUGACACCAUCUCUGGGAGAGUGGACCGUCUGGAGCGGGAGGUGGACUAUCUGGAGACCCAGAACCCAGCCCUACCCUGUGUAGAGGUUGAUGAGAAGGUGACUGGAGGCCCUGGGGCCAAAGGCAAGGGCAGAAGAAACGAGAAGUACGAUAUGGUGACAGACUGUGGCUACACAAUCUCUCAGGUGAGAUCAAUGAAGAUCCUGAAGCGGUUUGGUGGCCCAGCUGGUCUGUGGACCAAGGAUCCACUGGGGCCAGCAGAGAAGAUCUACGUGUUAGAUGGGACCCAGAAUGACACAGCCUUUGUCUUCCCAAGGCUGCGUGACUUCACCCUUGCCAUGGCUGCCCGGAAAGCUUCCCGAGUCCGGGUGCCCUUCCCCUGGGUAGGCACGGGCCAGCUGGUAUAUGGUGGCUUUCUUUACUAUGCCCGGAGGCCCCCUGGAGGACCUGGAGGGGGCGGUGAGUUGGAGAACACUUUGCAGCUCAUCAAAUUCCACCUGGCAAACCGAACAGUGGUGGACAGUUCAGUAUUCCCAGCAGAGGGUUUGAUCCCCCCGUACGGGCUGACGGCAGACACGUACAUAGACCUGGCGGCUGAUGAGGAGGGCCUUUGGGCUGUCUAUGCCACCCGGGAGGACGACAGGCACUUGUGUCUGGCCAAGUUAGACCCGCAGACACUGGACACAGAGCAGCAGUGGGACACACCAUGUCCCAGAGAGAAUGCUGAGGCUGCCUUUGUCAUCUGUGGGACCCUAUACGUUGUUUAUAAUACCCGCCCUGCCAGUCGGGCCCGCAUCCAGUGCUCCUUUGAUGCCAGUGGCACCCUGACCCCUGAAAGAGCAGCACUCCCUUAUUUCCCCCGCCGAUAUGGUGCCCACGCCAGCCUCCGCUAUAACCCCCGAGAGCGCCAGCUUUACGCCUGGGAUGAUGGCUACCAGAUUGUCUAUAAGCUGGAGAUGAGGAAGAAAGAGGAAGAAGUUUGAGGGAGCUAGUCUUGUGUUUUGAAUCUCUUUCACCUCCAUACAUUUAUAUCCCGACUAAAUUUCCUGCUCGUCAUUCUGGGCAAGUUGUGAUUCACAUCUCAUAUUUUCAGCCAAUGGAAGCCAAAUUCUCAUUGCCCCUUCAUUUCACAUGGGACUCCAGAUCUCGAGGAAUCCUUUUAGAGCUAAAAGAGAGAAAGCCCUAAACGUUCACUCCUCUCUUGCCCCAUGUCAGCAGAUUUCAGGCCGAUGAAAGAUGAGCCAGUUCCAGAGCUCUGACCCUUAUACAUAUGGAGGUGACCCCAGUGAACAGGCAACAGAAUAUUUCUUGCCUCAGUGCGAGUCAGGGGAGAGAGAGGGCUAGGAGGAGAUGUUAGACUCUGCCCUCUCUCCCUUCUCCCUUCAGUGCCCUAGAGGAUGGGACUCGUUCUGUACUGCAGCGUUUUGCAUUAAAAG